AUGAGUACUAAAGAUUAUCCAAAUAUUAAGAUCGCUGUUAGGGUUGAAUCUAAUUGUUAUUCUAGAUCUUUUUAUCAUUUUAAUUUUUUAACGUUGGAUAAAAAGGAUUAUGUUGCAGAAGGAUUUGGAGUUGUUGCUCCUCAAAAUUAUUUUGAAAGUAACUUUUUUAAGUUAUUAAAUUUGAUUGACAAUACUGUUAAAAAAAGUCAAGAUGAAAACGAAACCCUUAAAAAUAAAAAUAAAGAACUACAAAACAUCGACGAAAAAUGUAAAAGACUGACCAAAGAAAACGAAAAACUC